AUGAAGAGACAAGAGCUCGCCCUCGACGACUCAGCGACUCGACAUCUCCAAGAGAACGAGUCAGACGGAGAGCUGGUCGUCCUCCAAGACGUCGACCUCAACACCGGCGGGAGGUUCAAGUGCGAGGUGAUCUCCGACUUCCCCGAGUUUUAUACAGCUGAUAAAAGUGCCAAGAUGAUUGUUGUUGAGCUACCUGAGGAGAAACCAACCAUUCACGGAACCCAGCAUGAGUACCACAUAGGUGAAACAGCAAGACUCACCUGUGUAUCAGCCAGAUCGCGACCACCUGCUGAGCUCACCUGGGAAAUUAAUAGUGAAAAGGUCCCCCCCAAGUACCUCGUGCUCAUGCCCAGCAUCAAGUACCAGUCGGGCCUCGAGCAAACCCGCCUCGGACUUGAGUUUGAAGUGACGAGGAAGCACUUUGUCAACAGCGAAAUGACCCUCCGUUGCUCGGCCAAGAUCUCCUCUAUCUACUUCAAGACACAGCAACAUAGCAUCGACGGUCAGCUCACUUACAACGUGCCUGUGAUGGAGUCACGGGAUAUCUCAGCCUUUUCGGCCGGUUCUGUAACAGUCAGCCAGAGCCCCUCGAUGCUGACACUGACCCUGCUGACACUCUUGCUGAUGAUGGCACCGGUGCUGAUGGCAGGCCGCCUUGACCUCGUCGUCAGGUGACUUCCUCGCGAUUCAAGUGUCACCUCCAAGGCCUCCAUGUGACCUGUUCUUAGUUUUUAUGUUGUGUCUGUGUGACCUCGUAUCCCUUGGUCCUCGUUCGUUUGCUUUCUGUCUGUCUGUCUGUCUGUCUGUCUCUGGGUCUGUCUUUCUAUCUUGCUGUUUCUCUGGUUUUCUCUCUCUCUCUCUCUCUCUCUCUCUCUCUCUCUCUCUCUCUCUCUCUCUCUCUCUCUCUCUCUCUCUCUCUCUCUCUCUCUCUCUCUCUCUCUCUCUCUCUCUCUCUCUCUCUCUCAGUCUAUCUGUCUAUCUAUCUAUCUAUCUGUCUGUCUGUCUGUCUGUUUGUCUGUCUGUCUAUCUAUCAUUUUCUCUCCUAAUAUUUAUCCUUCUCUCUCUAUCUCUGCCUCUCCUCUUCCCCUUCCGUGUCGGUCCAUAGGUCUGCCUGUGAGCCUCAAAAUGGCCGACGCUGACUCUCCUGAGGACCACCCCUCCCCCUUUCCCUUCCUCCCUCCCCCUCCCCCUACCCCGUACCACAACCCCGUUACCAAGAACCACGUUGGAGGAGCAGCAGCAAGGGCCAAGGAGGAGGAUUUUGGUCAAGGAGGAGUGAUUAAGGAGGUCAAGAUAUCCGGCUACGAAAUUCGGGUCAAGAGAGCUCGGGCCAAAGACUUCAGGGGGGUCAGGUCAAAGGUCAUAGCUCAUCUCGACCUGCCUUCUUCGCCAGCUUUCCUCCGAUGAUGAAAGACGUUUCGAAAUCUCAACAUAAAAGACAUAUAUAUAAAAAAAACAAUCCUUUUAUUACGAGAAAAAAUAUAUAUGUAAGGAUUGGUAAGAAAAUGAGAUUAUCCAAAGUUAUUACUGUAAUUAAAUUAUGAUGUAAAAAAAAAAAAAAAGUUAAUGUUAAAAUGUUAAUGUUGAAUAUCCAUCGCUCAUUUAAUCUUAUCAAUCUCGAAUCCCCGAAGAAAAAGGAGGUAGAAGAAAAGACCAAUAAAGAAAACAGAAACAGAAACAACCCACUAAAAUUAAAUAAAUUAAAUAAAAAAGAAUCUUAAGACCCAUCCUCCCCACAAGGUCACGAUUGCUGCUGCUGGCCCCUUUUGACCUCACACACAGAAGGUCAUUUCUCAAGGUAAUUCGUAAAGGUGGAAAUUUUCUACAAUCCUUCGGGUGGGACGUCCUUAUAGCAGGCACCCUUCCUCUCUCUUGUAGAACGACCUGAUUCUCAUUCGUUAUUUUUUUACCGGUAGUGUGUGUCGUUUUCCCGAGGCGAGAGGGAGGCCUGGCGAAGGCGAGCCGAAGGGAGGAAACACUCGCGAAUAUUCCUGUGAAUGUCAGUGUGUGA